AUGCCAACGAGUUACAGCGGAUGUGGGGUCAUCCCACCGUCUAUCAUCUUCAGGAGGAAUCGCGAACAGCUACAAGCUGUCAAUACUGCAAAUGGUGGUUGUAUCGAUAUGUGCAAGCACACGGCGGAUUCUCGCUUGAUCUGCAAUCGAGGAAUGCAACUUUUGACAACCCCCAGCGGAACGACUAGUCGGUAGCCUUGAGAGCCUUGGGUAUGGAUGGUAAAUUUGGGCAGUUGACAGAAGGUCGG